AUGGCGUCGCAGCCGCAACAGCAAGAGCAGAAGAAGGCAAUGAGCAUGGCCAUGGCCGCCGUCCCACAACUGUUGACACCAGAUCAGCCGAUGGCAGACAGUUUCGUCGUGAGCGGCCCUGAGCCACGCAUGCCAUCACCACCGGCGUCGCCAGAGUUCAACGCAGAGUUGUCAUUUCAGCACAAGGACGACGUCCUCUACCCGGACCACAACAUCACAGAUUCGACACACGAUCAGAAGCCACUAUUCGACACGAGCCAUAACUGGACGACUCCAGAACGAGAACAACGAUCGCCAACCGCCACGUCGCUGUCGAUAACGACCCCACGAUCAAGCGUCUCCAGCCCCGAUCAGCACCACGAUCUCCAGUCGCAGACCCUUCUCCCCAAGAUCCAGAGCCAGAAGUCGUCUAGCCCCGUCGGUCCAGUCGAGCACUUCAACACGUAUGGCAUGGAGUAUUGGAAAUUCAUGAUGAGUCAAAAUGAGGCUUUUCGAGAGCGCCAAAGGGCCGCCCGCCAGUUGCCACAGCCAUCCCGCCGCGCCAACGCGACUCCGCGCGACCCUUUCACCGUCGACAUGGUUUCGUCACUCGGUGGUAUUCGGAUUUCGAAGCCAAGCAGGGCGAAUGCUGUGGCGAAAGUGAAGACUCCAAAAGCUGUGCCAGCGAAGCCAGCUGCAAGGAGCCAGGCAACAGUGGCCACGUCAAGAGUUGACUCACCACCCAAGCGCAGCCGGAGAAAGACAGCGACGCCUGACCCAUCGCUUGGUAUUCUCCCGCACGCGGCACAGCCCAAGCCACGCACGCGAGCAGCGCCCACGAAGAAGAUCGACGAUAAGUCAAAUGCGGAAUGGGCCCAGCUUCCGGACUACUGCCCGCCAACGAGCUCUCUCGACUCAAUGAGCAAGAAGAUGACUGCGUCGUGGACCAACGGCAACCCUCUCAACCUUGACACCGACCCAGACCGAGGGCACCUUCACCCACAAGAGCUCGUCGUCGCAUCUGUGCUCAGACUUCACUGCAACUCAUACCUGGCCAACAAGCGACGAAUCUUCGCAGCAAGAUACCAGGCGCUCUUGGACGGCAAGGACUUCAACAAGACGUCUGCUCAAGUCUCAGCCAAGAUCGACGUGAACAAGUCCAGCAAACUCUGGGAGUCCUUUGACUCGGUCGGUUGGUUCGACAAGACCUGGUUCGAGAAAUACCUUUGA